ACAAUCGUUGAAGCGAUGUCGCAGCUGAGCUAAGCAGAGAGAGCAGAUUUGCAGACGGAGCUCGCUGUUCUGUCCGCGUCCGCGCGUACAGGUGCAUACAGCAGUGGGACACGGUCCUUCAAGAUGCAAACUUGGACAUGUUUCUUCAACAUGGGACUCCAGAAGCUCCUCCUUCUCCUCUUGGCGGCGGCGUCCCAACCGCGGGCCUUCCCCUUCAGCGCUUCCCCAGAUGUGGACGUCACGCCCAGGACGACGGUCUUCCUCAAGGGCCUGCUGGGCAGCGCUCGCUUCGGCGGCUCGGCGCGCAACUGCAGCACCCUCCUGCUGGAGGAGCCGGCGGGGAUUCUGUACGUGGGGGGGAGAGGAGCGCUCUACGCGCUCAACGCGUCUGACAUCGCCACACCCGCUCGUCCCCCAAUUGACUGGGACGCGUCCCCCGAGCAGAAGAAGCAGUGCCUGAACAAAGGCCGGGACAACAAGACCGAGUGUUUCAAUCACAUCCGCUUCCUGCAACGCUACAACGAGACUCACCUGUACGCGUGCGGCACCAACGCCUUCAGGCCUCUCUGCGCGUUCGUCGAUUCCGAACGCUUCGGCUUGCCGGCGAGCUUCGAGGACGGCAGAGACAGGUGUCCGUAUGACCCCGCCAAGGGCUACACGGGCCUCCUUGCAGAUGGCGAGAUGUUCACGGCUUCCCAGUAUGAGUUCCGCAGCUCUCCGGACGUGCGCCGCAACUUCCCCUUCCCAACGCUUAGGACGGAGGAAGCGCCAACCCGCUGGCUUCUGGAGGCGGAUUUUGUGGGCUCGGCCCUGCUGCGGGAGAGCGUCAACAGCUCCGUCGGCGACGACGACAAGAUCUACUUCUUCUUCACGGAGAGGAGCCAGGAGCAGAUGGCGUACCCCAGCCGGACAAAGGUGUCCAGGGUGGCGCGGGUUUGCAAGACGGACUGGGGUGGUCAGAGAACCCUGCAGAGGAAGUGGACCUCUUUCCUCAAGGCCCGGCUAGUGUGUUUUGUGCCCGAGUACGAGCUGUACCUCAACGUCCUGCGUGGUGUCUUCGUCAUGCGCGGCAGCGACGCGCAGAGCAGCUUCUUGUACGGCGUCUUCGGCCUGGAAUGGAAGAACAUCAAAGCGUCGGCCAUCUGCCGGUAUGCCUUCUCAGACGUGCAGAAGGCCUUCGACGGGCCCUACAUGGAGGUGCAGGACUCCAAGUGGAGAGAGUACACAGGCAAGGUCCCCGAGCCAAGACCCGGGUCUUGCAUCACGGACGAGCACCGAUCCCGGGGCAUCAACUCGUCGCGAGACCUCCCGGACGGCGUGCUGACGUUUGCGCGGAGGCACCCGCUCAUGGCCAUCCAGGUGCGUCCGGCCGGGGCGCGGCCGCUCAUGUUCAAGAGGAGUGUCAACUACGUCCGCAUCGCCGCGCACCAACAGCCGGCGCUGGACGGAAACGUCUACACCGUCCUCUUCCUGGGAACGGAUGACGGCUGGCUGCACAGAGCGGUGGACAUUGGGGGCGAAAUGCAUAUCAUGGAGGAGCUGCAGCUGUUCGAUCAAGGCCAGCCCAUCGAGAGCAUGGUCCUCGCUCCGGCCCUGCGGCACGUCUACGUGGGCUCCCACUCGGGGGUGGUGCAGAUCCCCAUGUCGGCUUGUCGGAGGUACGCUUCCUGUUAUGAUUGCGUCUUCGCCAGGGACCCCUUCUGUGGCUGGGAUGGCCGGGAGUGCGUGGAGGUGUGGUCGCGAGCGCAGAGGUCGAACCUCACCCAGGACAUCCAGAGAGGCACCAGUGGCUGUAAGGAGAAUUCGGGAAACGUGGUCCACCGGAGGCGCUCGGUGAUGGCGGGAGAUGACGUCCUCCUUCAGUGCGAACUGCGCUCCAACCUGGCGAUGCCACGUUGGACGUUGGACGGCAGGGAGCUGCGGGGUUACGGCGUCGAUUCGGGUUACCGCGUGGGCACGGACGGCCUCCUCAUUAUCGGGGCUCGGGGCAGGCAGAGUGGCUCGUACCGCUGCUUCGCAGUGGAGAACUCCGUCUCCGUCCUGGUUUACUUGUACACGGUAAGGGUGCACACGGAUUCCUACUUUGCGGCGGAGGAGACGACGACGACGACGGCGGCGGCGAUUUAUCCGUCCACGCUACCCGGCACAACGGCGGCGAUUGACCUGUCCACGGUUGGGCGGGCCUCCCCGUCGCUCGCUGCCCCGCUGCCCGCCGGGCCGCAGCUCCACGCCUACCGGCACAUGGAGGCCGUGUACAUCUGCCUGGUGGCCGUCCUGGGCGGGCUGUGCCUGGUGCUGUCCGUGGUCUUGCUUUACGUGAGCUUCUGCACCAGGCGGGUUUCUCGCAGCCGAAAGUUCUCCCAGCAGCAGGGUCUGCACAUCCUGGGCUCCUCGGAGAGGAAAGGGAGCUCCCACGUGGAGCUUCAAACCAUCUCCAACGGACGUCAAGGACGCCGCUCCAUCUCGGUGCCCGCUUUCGGAGACUUCCUGCAGAUCGUUCCCGGCGAGGGAUCGCCGACGACCGGCACCCCGCCGGCCGCCCCUCCGCUCCCCUUGCCCCCACCGCUGCCCGACGCCGACUACGCCAACGGAAUGUCCGCCACGCUGCCCAGCGUCCUGCGCAAGAUGAACGGCAAUAGCUACGUGCUCCUGCGGCAGGUGGACCACGAUGGGGCUUCGCCGCUUUACCACUCCUUUACCGAGGAGCUCAACCGCAUCCUGGAACAGAGGAAACACACGCAGCUGGAUCUCCAGCCACACGAGAGCUCCAUCUAAGAGGACUAAGGUACUAAAAAAAUAAAUAAAUAAAUAAAUAAUCCAUGCAAACUCCGUCCAGGUAGGCUCCACCUAGACUUGAACCCGGGAACUUUGAUAGCACACACGCUAACAACCUGGUUAGCGUGCUGCUUCAAUCAAUAUUUUUUCUGGAUAUUGAAAAAAAGAUUGCCAGAAAAGGUCAUUUGAGUAGGUCAGGACCAUUCUUUUCAGCAGCUUCCAUCGUUCAAAGCAUGUCCCCGUUGAUGUGCACUGCUGACACGAACAACACGGUUACAGAGUGGAACUAGUUUACAAAAAACAGUUUUGCCAAAUGUGGGAUUUCUUCAACCCUUUCAGCGACUAUUUAAUUUGAUUCAGCUAAGAAACUGAGCAGAAUCAUUUUCACAUUGUCCCCCCCCCUCCCCCCACCCAC